AUGAAGGGUCUAGCCAAUGAUAAGAAAAUAGAUUUUAAUAAUUUAAAUCUCGAUCGCUCAUAUACCCUUAAAGAAUUUGAAUUCAUCAAUGAUCAGCUCAAGACACGCAUUCUAGAAAUUGAUGGACAUCCAGUUAACCUUUUUGAUCUCGACAAAAACGGCAAGCUUAUCCCUAUGCCACAAUCACCUUACUCUAGAGCAAAAGUUGUUGCUGAAAUCAUUGGACAACUUAGUAAUUGGAAUAUCUGGACACGACAAAAUGGGGGCAUUACCUCAUCACAGGGAGGAUUCGAUUUUGAUGUUGGAGGUG